AUGCCGAGCCUAUUAGGCAAACGCAAGUCACGGGCUACAGUAGAGGAGCCUGAGGCAAUUGCCGAUGCCCAAGAACUCCUCAGGCAACACUUCGAGGCGCGUUUCAAGCCACUCGCCGGUGCCGCUGCCGCCCCCUGUGCCGCUCAAAAGAAGACAACCAACAACGACUCCAACGGCGAUGGCAUCGACGCUAGCCAGGAUGAUGACGACAGCGACGUCAAUUCGGAUCAAUCUGACUCGGAUUGGGGCGGGGUUUCGGACGAUGAGAAUGAAGACGAGGACGAGGACGAGGAGGAUACCGGAGCACAUGUCGUCGAGGUAGUUGAUCAUACAUCCAGCACCUCAACCACAACCACAACAAUGAGCAAACGGGAGCUCAAAGCUUACCUCUCAGCCCAGUCCUCCCGCCCACCAGACCCCAGUCAGCUCGCGGCGCAGACGACAGCCACCAACUCCAAAAAGACACCUGCCGAUGGGGACCCCGAAGACAGCGCCGCCUUCCUGGCCAACGACCUAGCCUUGCAGCGGCUUAUUUCCGAGUCCCACAUCCUGUCGGCGGCCGGCGCAAAUCCGUCCCACUGGCAAUCUGAGCACGCCGCUGGCACCGCCACCAACGUCCGUGCCUUCGCCGCUGGUCGCACGGCCCGCAAGACGACCGACAUGCGCGUGCAGGCCCUGGGGGCCAAGGAGAGCAUCCUAAGUCAGGCCAAGAUGCCCAUGUCCAUGCGCAAAGGCAUUGUCAGUGCCGCCGCGGUGAAGGAAGACAAGAGGCGGAGAGAGGCACGGGAGAACGGCAUCAUCCUCGAGCGGGAGACGAAGAAGGCCAGAGUUACCAAAAAGAAGGGGAGGAGUGAUAGGCCAGUCGACCUUCCCGGUGUGGGUAGGAUGAAGGGCGCCGAGCUACGGGUUAGCGCCCGAGAAGCGCGCGAGAUCGCCGCUUCGGCUGGGCCGUUGGCCAUCAAGGAGUGUUCGGCCCUGUGGGACAAGAGUGCGCAGCCGGGCCGUCUUACCAACGGGCCUGUCUUGGAGAGGCCGGGAAUCAGAGGAACGUGCCUUGGAAAACAAGCCCAGACGGCGUCACGCAAAGAUGAGAAAUUGAAUCUGAUACCCGACGACCACUCAACGGUCCCCGUGUACGAGCCACAAUCCCAAGCUGCUACCAUGUGUCUGCCCGUCUGUGUGAUCUCUGUCUCUGUGCGCCCUCGCUCGCCGCCCCAAAGGGCCAUCAUCAAGUGUACAAACACCAACAACACCACCACCCUGUGCCCCCUCCCCCAAACCUACGCGCAGUCUGUACAACAUCACCCAUUUUAUAUGUUGGGCCCGGACCAAGCGGCUGAGCCGGUCCUACCCAACCCAACCCUUUCGGCUCGUGAACCAAUCGAGCAACCCCAACCGACCAACUGGCUGACAAUGACCACCAGCCAAGGGAACCCCAAUCCAAAAAUCCAACAAUCCAACAAGCCAGCCAGCCACGCACUGCCAGACACUGCUAGACACUGCCCAACCAGACUAGUCGAGCCCACCGGGCCCGAUAUCUGGGCCGCCCCCGAACCGGUCGAUCGGGGCGGGCACCCACCCACCCAAGCGGCCGGCACUCUCUCGGCCUUGGGUUGGGACGGCCAGCUACGUAUACGUGCAGGUGUAACACGUGGUGGUGUGUAG